UCUGCAGACGCGGUGCGAGCGGAGAAGCCUGGCGGCCGCGAUGAACUGGGCUCCAGCGGCGUCCUCGACGAGCAUCCUGUCGGAGAUUGCGAACAGCAGAAGCAAGGAUGCGGCCACAUCCACUUCCAUUUACGGCGCUGCGGCGAACACGAGGCCCAAGGCGCUCGAAGACGCUGCGGCGCUGUCCAUGGUGACGGAUGGGGCCAUGGCGCAUUCCUCCGACGCGGCGAAGUGCGAAGAACAGUUGACGAACAACAUGCGAAGGGAGAACCGGGAGGACGCGUCCCUUCACCAAAGGACGCGACCAUACACUGGAGAGUUGCGUCCGUACGAGGGACGCAUCCGUACACCAACGGACACACCCGUUGGGUUUACAAGGUUAACUGCUAAUCAGUUAUUGGUCUAAUCUAAUGGCUAGGAUUAGCCCUAACCUAUGGAUGAGAUUAUCUCUAAUCUUCUGAUUUCU